AUGUCUGUUACUUUAGAACCACAGCAUAUUGAAGUGCUGAAAACAUUUGUUGAUUUGUGCAUAAAAACUCCUACAAUAUUACAGCAGCCAGAGCUUUCUUUUAUAAGAGAGUUCAUUGAACGCUUUGGAGGAAAAUUAUCAAAAGCCAAGACUGAUGAAUCACCAUGCAAAAAGCCAAAAAGUGCAAAUGUACUCAAAGAAUCAAAACCAGAACCAAAACCACAUCAAAAACCAAUACAGAAAACAGAAUCAAAAGAAGAAGUAGAAGCAGAAACAGAAUCAGAGGCUGUAGCAGAAAGUGAAGAAACUAAUUUAAGAGUGAAUAUAAAUGAAGUAAUUGGGACAAAUGCUCUCCAAAAAAUGGGAAAUCUUACUUUACAACCAACAGAAGAAGAAAUUGCAGAAUCUGAAGCAAAAUGUUCUGAAGCUGCAUCAGCAUUUGCAGAGGAAGAUAUUGAGAAAGCUAUAGAACUUUAUACUGAAGCUAUUGUAUUAAAUCCACAGGCUGCCUUACUUUAUGCUAAACGUGGUCAAAUGUAUUUAAUAUCGUAUAUGCCUAAUGCUUGCAUUCGCGAUUGUGAUCGUGCCUUGGCACUUGACCCGAUGUGCAAGUCUGGCCACAAGUUUAAAGCACAGGCCCUGUUGAUGCACGAAAAAAUCGAGGAAGCAAUUCCUCACAUCAAAAUUGCUUAUGAUCAUGAUGAUUUAGACUUAGAUGAUAGGAAAGACGAAUACAUACCACCGGCAUAUUUACAUAACACCUACUUUUUCCCUUCUUCCUAAGACGAUUCUGCAGAUUCUUAUG